AUGAAGAAAUCAGAGGGACUUAUUUGUUUUGUUCUUCUGUUCUGUCUUCUUGAAGCAAUCCAUGCACAAACUGAAGCAGAAGCUCUGCUAAAUUGGAAAAUCAGUUUAAGCUCUUAUUCUUUAACAUCAUGGACUCUCACUAGCAGCACAAGCAGCCCCUGUAACUGGACUGGAAUUCAGUGCAAUGAAGCUGGCAGCAUUGUUGAAAUAAAUUUGGUGGAUUCAGGCCUUGAUGGAACACUCAACAGGUUUGACUUCUCUGCCUUUCCUAAUCUCUCUUCCCUCAAUCUCAAUUACAACAAUCUUGUGGGAGAGAUUCCAGUUGGGAUUGGGAAUGCAACAAAGCUCACUUUACUUGAUCUCGGUAGUAACAACUUCACAAACCCGAUUCCCCUGGAGAUCGGGAACCUCUCGGAACUCCAAGUUCUUCUUCUCUACAACAAUUCACUCACAGGUCAAAUCCCACAUGAGCUUAGCAACCUACAAAAAGUUUGGAAUUUCAGUUUAGGAGCAAACUAUUUAGAGAAUCCUGAUAAUGUUCAGUUUAAGGGGAUGGCAUCUUUAACAGACCUUUGGCUCUAUUAUAACCAUUUGGUGGAGGUUCCCUCAUUUGUCUCAGAAUGUCCACAGCUAAUGUCUCUAGAUUUGUCUUUCAAUCGGAUCACUGGUCAGGUUCCAGUGCAACUACUGACAGGUCUUAAGAACCUUGAGUUUCUUAAUUUAGAAAAGAACCACUUCAGUGGUCCAAUUCCUGAAGAUAUUGGUUUGAUAUCUGGCCUUCAAAGAAUUGACCUGUUUACCAAUUCCCUUAAAGGGCCAAUUCCAUCCUCUAUAGGCCAACUCAGGGAGCUGAAACACCUUGAUCUUCGAAACAAUUCUUUGAACUCUUCAAUCCCUUCUGAGCUUGGUCUUUGUACCAACCUCACCUACUUGGCCCUGGCUUCCAAUUUCCUCAGUGGGGAACUGCCUCUGUCCUUGUCCAAGCUUACCAACAUUGUUGAAUUGGGUUUAUCUGGGAAUUCAUUUACUGGUCCACUAUUGCCUUCUCUAGUUUCCAAUUGGACUGCAAUGGUCUCUUUACAACUUCAAAACAACAGCUUCAGUGGGAAUAUUCCAGCAGAGAUUGGAAACUUGAAAGAUUUGACACAUUUAGAUCUUUCUGGAAACCAGCUAUCAGGGCCAAUUCCUAAAACACUGUGGAGUCUCACAAAUCUUCAUAGCCUACAGCUUUUAUACAACAAUCUCACUGGGACAAUCCCCCCAGAGAUUGGAAGCAUGAUGUCAUUGGCUAUCUUUGAUGUCAACACAAACCAACUUCAUGGGGAGUUGCCAAAGAACAUUUCUCUUUUGAGUAGCCUUGAGAAGUUUUCUGUGUUCACCAAUGAAUUAUCAGGAGACAUUCCGAGCGAUUUUGGGAUGUACAGUCCUAAUUUGGUGUAUGUUAGCUUUUCCAACAAUAGUUUCUCUGGAGAAUUGCCACAAGAAUUGUGCAGUGGGUUCGCUUUGCAAGUUCUCACAGUCAAUCGUAACAACUUCACAGGGUCAUUGCCUGCGUGCUUGAGAAAUUGUUCAGGACUAUCUAGAGUCCGGUUUGAUGGUAACCAAUUCACCGGAAACAUUACAAAUGCGUUUGGUGUUCAUCCCAGUCUUGAGUUCAUUGCUCUUAGUGACAACCAGUUUGUUGGUACUCUCUCACCACAGUGGGCAGAAUGUAAAAAUAUCACCGCUAUGAGCAUGGCUAGAAAUAGAAUCUCUGGUCAAAUCCCACCUGAGCUUGGGCAGAUGACACAAUUGCAAUCUCUAAGCUUAGAAGCUAAUGAUUUCAUUGGGCAAAUUCCGGAUGAACUGGGAAAUCUAAGCUUGCUCUUCUCGCUCAACCUGAGCCGCAACCACUUGGCAGGAUCAAUCCCCAAGAGUGUAGGCAAAUUGAAUAAAAUCCAACUUCUUGAUUUGUCUGAUAACAAUUUUACAGGGGCAAUACCAAUUGAGCCUGGCACGUUUGACAGGUUAACAAGCUUGAACUUGAGCCAUAACAAGUUUUCAGGUAAUAUCCCUGCAGAGAUUGGAAACUUAGAGUUGCGGUACUUAUUGGAUCUUAGCAGCAAUUUUCUCACUGGAGAAAUACCUUCAAACUUGGCCAAGCUCAUUCAAUUGGAGGUUCUCAAUGUCUCAAACAACCGUCUCUCAGGGAGCAUCGCAGAGAAAUUUUCCAGAAUGGUUAGUCUAGUUGGCAUUGAUUUCUCUUACAAUAACUUAACUGGUCCAAUCCCAACUAGUGCCAUUUUUCGAAAAGUGCCUGCAAAUGCCUUUCUUGGAAAUGAUGGUUUAUGUGGAGAUAUCGAGGGACUAACUCCAUGCAACUCAAAUCCCGGAAAGUCCAACAAGAUUAGCAAGGUUCUACUUGCUCUCCUGGUUUCCAGUUGUGUUAUAUUAGUGGUUGCAACUACAAGUACUGCUGCAGUGCUAAAGUUCGGCCGGAAAUCAAAGCUUAAGGAAACUGAAAAUCCUAGGAUGUCUGAGAGUUUUGAUUCAAGGAUAUGGGGAAGAUAUGGAAAAUUCACAUUUGGUGCAAUCGUGAACGCGACAGAGAGCUUUGAUGAGAAGUACCUCAUUGGAAAAGGAGGAUUUGGGAGUGUCUACAAGGCUAUGUUGGGCAGGGGAGAAGUGGUUGCAGUUAAGAAGCUGAACAUUUCAGACUCUAGUGACAUUCCAGAAAUAAAUCGCCAAAGUUUUGAGAAUGAGAUACGAACCUUGACAGAAGUGAGGCACAGAAACAUAAUAAAGCUUUAUGGGUUCUGUUCAUGGAGGGAGUGCUUGUACUUGGUGUAUGAAUAUGCAGAGAGAGGUAGCUUGAGAAAAGUAUUGUAUGGGACAGGGGAAGCAGAACUUGGAUGGAGCACAAGGGUGAAACUUGUGCAAGGGCUCGCUCAUGCAAUUUCUUACUUGCACAAUGACUGCUCUCCUCCAAUUGUUCACAGGGACAUAACUUUGAAUAACAUAUUACUCGAGAAGGGUUUCGUGCCACGGUUAUCGGAUUUUGGAACUGCAAGGUUGUUGAGCACAGAUUCAUCAAAUUGGACUUCUGUAGCUGGAUCUUACGGCUACAUGGCUCCAGAGCUGGCUUUCACAAUGCGUGUGACGGAUAAGUGUGAUGUGUAUAGCUUUGGAGUGGUGGCAUUGGAAAUAAUGAUGGGAAGGCAUCCUGGGGAGCUUUUAGCUUCUCUAUCAGUCUCAUUAACAGAAAAUGCAGAAUUGCUCUUGAAGGAUUUGUUAGACCAACGGCUAAGGCCUCCUCUCAGUCAGUCAGCAACGGCAGUGGCUUCUGUGGUAACCAUGGCUUUGGCCUGUACGUGCACUAAUGCAGAGUCAAGACCGACCAUGGAUUUUGUGGCAAAAAAACUAUCAUCAGCCAGGACCCAGGCUAACCUCUCUGCACCAUUUGGCAUGAUCACCAUCAACAAGUUGUUUUCUGUUGCUGUUGCUGUUGCCGCUACUACAGCCGUUGAUGUUACCGUUGCCGCUAUUUUUGUUGUUGAUGUUGUCUUUCCCCUCGCCGUCGUCUACCUUGCUAUUGUCGUCGUUGCCUACCUUGCUAUUGUAGCUGCUGCUGCCAUCCCUUCAUCCAUCUCUAUUUCAAUGCUGAUGCCUUUAUUUCCUUAUAGGGUUUCUGUUUUCUUCCUUAUCUACUGCCUUACUCACAUGGUGUCUAUGUUCUACUUUACCUACUGCCGUGCUCACAGGGUUUCUGUGUUCUACAUUAUCUACUGCCAUGCUCACAGGGUUUCUGUGUUAUACUUUUAA